CCCAGACAGACCCUGCCCUUUCCUUUCUGUCGCCCGGUCUGUGGAUUUGUUGUAGAGGAUUGGGACACUGACAAUGGGAAGCUUUCUCCACGGCCUGCUAUGCUGACACUCCACUCCCUCCUGCUGGGAAUUCAUGUUAAGUGGUUCUUUCGCCCCCUUUGAAUGUCCAUCACCAUGGCUAAGCGUGAGACAGGCAGCACCAGCCCUGUGGUCAGGCAGAUAGACAAGCAGUUUCUGGUCUGCAGCAUCUGUUUGGACCAUUAUCACAACCCCAAGGUCCUGCCCUGCCUGCACACCUUCUGUGAGAAGUGUCUACAGAACUACAUCCCUCCCCAGUCUUUGACGCUGUCCUGCCCAGUAUGCAGACAGACCUCCAUCUUGCCAGAGAAGGGUGUGGCAGCCUUGCAGAACAACUUCUUUAUCACAAACCUAAUGGAGGUGUUACAGCGAGACCCUGAGUGCAGCCGACCCGAGGCCUGUAAUGUUCUUGAAUCAGCCAGUGCAGCCACAGCAUGUCAGCCCCUCUCCUGUCCCAACCAUGAGGGCAAGGUGAUGGAGUUUUACUGCGAGUCAUGUGAAACAGCCAUGUGUCUGGAGUGUACAGAAGGAGAACACAGAGAGCAUGUGACAGUUCCUCUGAGGGAUGUGCUGGAGCAGCACAAGUCAGCGCUUAAAAAUCAGCUGGACGCUGUGCGCAACAGACUACCUCAGCUGACGGCUGCCAUUGAUCUUGUGAAUGAGAUCUCCAAGCAGCUUACAGAGCGGAAAAAUGAGGCAGUUACUGAAAUAAGUAACACUUUUGACGAGCUGGAGAAGGCCUUACACCAACGCAAGACUGCUCUCAUUACUGAGGUGGAAAAUAUCUGCAGCACCAAGCAGAAGGUGCUUCAAGCCCAGCUGACCUCUUUGCUUCAGGGCAAAGAGAACAUUCAGAGCAGCUGCAACUUCACAGAGCAGGCCCUGAGCCAUGGCAGUGCCACUGAGGUCCUGUUGGUCCAGAAACAGAUGGGUGAGCGGGUCAGUGCCCUGGCACGACACACUUUUCCCGAGCACCCCCACGAAAACGGACAUCUGGAAUGCCAGGUAGAGACUGAUGGGCUGAGACGCUCCAUCCAGAACCUGGGAGUCCUGAUCACAACAGGUGCUGUCGGCCAUACAAGUGUUGCCACUGGUGAAGGCCUGCGACAUGCACUGGUCAGCCAGCACACUACUGUCACAGUCACUACUAAAGACAAGGAUGGAGAGCUUGUGAAGACUGGUAAUGCUGCUCUGAGGGCAGAGAUUGUCUCUGCAGAGGGAGUGUGCACUGAAGCUGAGGUGGUGGACAACAAGAACGGCACCUACGAGGUUGGAUAUACGAUCCGUUCAGAGGGAGAGUUCACCUUCUCUUUGCUGCUGUAUGAACAGCCUGUCAGGGGAAGUCCGUUCCGUCUGCGUGCCGUCAAACCGUCAGAUGUCCUGCAAUCACCAGACGACGUGAAGAGGAGAGUCAAGUCCCCGAGCGGAGGAGGAGGUCAUGUUCGACAGAAGGCUGUGCGCCGGCCCUCCAGCAUGUACAGCACCACCAAGAAAAAGGAAAACCCGAUAGAGGAUGAGCUGAUCUACAGAGUGGGAACAAGAGGGCGGGAUAAAGCAGAAUUCACUAACCUACAAGGCAUCUCGACCUCUAGUAAUGGAAGGAUCGUGGUGGCAGACAGCAACAACCAGUGUAUACAGGUGUUCUCAAAUGACGGCCAGUUUAAGAUGAGGUUUGGGGUGAGAGGCCGUUCACCAGGGCAGCUGCAGCGCCCCACAGGGGUCACAGUGGACAUGAACGGGGACAUCAUUGUAGCUGACUAUGACAACAGAUGGAUUAGCAUCUUCUCCUCUGAUGGCAAGUUCAAGAACAAAAUUGGUGCUGGAAGACUGAUGGGACCCAAAGGUGUGGCCGUGGAUAAAAAUGGACACAUCAUCACGGUCGACAAUAAAGCCUGCUGCGUCUUCAUCUUCCAAUCAAAUGGGAAGCUGGUAACAAAGUUUGGAGCCAGGGGAACAUCAGACAGACACUUUGCAGAAAAAAGUUGUGCAAACAUUGCACUGGAACAAAAGCUUAGUAAAUCUGGCCCUGUUUUCAGUCCUCACUUUGUGGCCGUAAAUAACAAAAAUGAGAUUGUGGUUACAGACUUCCAUAACCAUUCGGUCAAGGUGUACAAUGCAGAUGGGGAGUUCCUGUUUAAAUUUGGUUCCCACGGAGAGGGAAACGGCCAAUUCAAUGCUCCAACGGGCGUGGCUGUGGACUCCAAUGGAAAUAUCAUUGUUGCUGAUUGGGGAAAUAGUCGGAUCCAGGUGUUCGACAGCUCUGGGUCCUUCCUGUCCUACAUUAACACAUCAGCAGACCCUCUUUACGGCCCCCAGGGCCUGGCCCUCACAUCUGAUGGUCAUGUGGCGGUGGCAGACUCCGGGAACCACUGCUUCAAGGUCUACCGCUACCUGCAGUAGAGACCCAAGGCAGCCAUUUCUACACCACUUAAAGCACUGACAACGACACAACCAAUGUAUUCCACAGGGUGCAAUGACCUUUCCAAUACAGCCUUUUGAUGUGCACAUCAGCUGAUAUAAUUAAGUGUCUGAACUCGAGUUUACCCUACUUAUGAUGUGCAUUGAAGGUUUGUUUUAAAGUUGGGUAAUGUAGCAUCCUUGGGACAAGUAAUGGACAUAAAGCUAAGGCCUGGUGUUAGAACCUGUUGGUGGUAUUAUUAAACCACAAUUUCUGUGAGACCGGACAGGGUAGGAGAUAGAUUGAAGUAUUUAAUGAGCCAUAACUUGUCCAAUGCAUGCAAUUUUUACUUUAUCUUAAUGCCUAGACAACAACACAGUGUACCCAUCAGUUGCUUUUCUCAUCAACUAGUUAAUGCUUACAGUGAAAUGAACAGUGCUACGCUUCUCCAGCAAUGAAAUGUAAAAGUUGUCAUUUACUGACAUCACAUAAAAAUGUCGCCACCAUCUGUGCAUUGAUUUGCUGUACGUACUGUAUAUACAUAAAUGUAUAUUGUGUAUAUUAGAUCACUCCGUAUGUAUUUGCUAUGAUUUUGAAACACACAGCCUUUUGGCUAUUCAGAGAGCAGCAGUCAAGGAUUCCAGGAUUUUAAAAAUGUGUGUAUGGCAGCUGUUAAAAAGUGUGCUUUCUAAACAUACUCAGCACACGCUCAAAAGAAGAAGAGUGUCAUAUUUAUUGCUAAUGUAAGCAGCACAAUAAUCUUUUUUGUUAAUAUCUGUUGUUUUAAAGGGAAAAUACAAAAUGAAAAAAAUGCUAAUUUAUUUUAUUUUAUACACUAGCUCAGCAUUUACAAAUUAUUUUUAUAAAUUGUUAUGUUUUGGGUUUUUUUCCCCUUUGGAAAUUCACACUUUACCCCUUUCCCUCAAAAGGAAAUCUCACCUUAAAGCAGAAUUCAGUAUCUCCUCUCAUCUGGACAUUUUAGUCCAUGUUUCAAAAGCUACAGUCCCAUCUCGUUUUCAUCCGGGAUGCCAACAAAUUUGGAAACUACUCUCCUCAGAAUUAAUGGCUUAAGAUAUGGGCUUAUAGAAUGAUUGUUUUGCCUUUAACAGUUUAAGAGCUUUAUUCAUUAAAGUGCUAACAACUACACACCAGAAAUAACACACAUAUCUCAGGAAAUCCAUCCAGAUUAGAUCACCAUGUCAAUGGAACAACUUUUUAUAUUUUCUUUUGAUAGUAUCAGAUUUUUUUGGGAGACAUUGGGAGCUUUGCAAGAAAACUUAAUUUAUGCAAAUGCAGAUCAGAAAUGACUGGGAUGGAAUAUGAAUUCUGUUUUACAGUGUUGUUUUUUUUCGCUUUCACAUAGGAAACAGUUACAAUAUUAUUAAAUGAUAAAUUAUUUGAUGUCAUUUGCCAGCAAACUCAUCCGCGCUUUAGAAUACACUCGCCUAUGAUACUGUCGUAAGCUAUCUAACAAAACACUGUUAGAUCUUAGUUUCUGCCUGCACUACAUCAAACCAUGACUCCCAACUGGAGAGCUACUCUGCUCUUCCUCCCCCUGGUGUUCAUUCUGUGUAAUGUCAUAGGAAAACCUGGUGCCACAGCAGAAGAGAGACCAGGUGCAGGAAGAAGGCAAAUUCCUGGUCUGACAUAAAUACCCACUGUGCUGGAUACCCAAACACCAACAUUCACCCUUCCAAGUGUAUAGAUUCUAUAAGCUACAGGACACUACCCAGUUUCUCCCGUCGAGUCAUCCAGGAAGCUGCUGUUUUUUCGUGCACCUGAUCUGUUGUUUGACUUGUUGCCAAACAGGAGCCCUGACAUCUUUAAAGAGUCAAAGGCUCACCUUUUUGACAUGUGUCAGAAGCAUUUUACCCUACGCUGUUUGUGUCACACCAAUGCAAACAAUUUUGUUUUCUCUAUGAAUAUGCACUGGUAAUAAAAGCACAUGGUUUACUGA